AUGCUCUCGUACAUGCUGCCGCCCGGCGGCGACGAGAAACCGCCCGCGGGGCCGCCGCCCGCCACGCACAACGGCUCCAACGGCAACGGGCGCCUUCAGCUCGCGUUCGCGGGCGCGGCGGGCGCGACCUUGACGAACGGCAGGGGCACGACGCCCCUGAGCAAGGAGACGAGCGUGAGCAGCUUCGCUAGCGACGUCACGACCGCGACGCACAGCUCGAUGACGCCGACGAGCAACGCCAGCGAGAAAGGCAAGCCCAAGUUGAUCGUCAACGCGAACUGA